AUAUCCAUUUCGUCACACAGCCGCCAUUUCAAUCGUCCUGGAACACACCGAAUACGCUAGCUCAGUGUAACCGUGUUGCUUAACAAAUAUAUCAGUACUUUUUAGCUAGUAAACGCUGCUUUUCAGCUAUUAUUAGUUUCUGACAUUAAUUUGUAUGUCAGUUAAAGAAGAAUUGCCGAAAAUGUCUGAUGUUGAAACAGAGAAACCAGGCCAAGGAAAUGCAAUGAAUGGAAAGCCCAUCCAUGACUCCAGGAAGGAGAGAUCGUCCAAACGAGGAGGCGGUAGAUACGAGCCCUACUCCAACCCCUCCAAGAGAUACCGGGUUUUUGUGAGCAACAUUCCCUAUGAUGUCAAAUGGCAGGCGCUGAAGGACCUCAUGAAAGAAAAAGUGGGUGAGGUAACGUACGUGGAACACUUAAUGGACGUGGAAGGCAAAUCAAGGGUAAGUGCAAGAGACGAACCUCCAUUUGUCCGCUUGAGUUUUCUUACAUCAUCUCCUUUCAAUGUGGGGCAUUCAGACUUAGAUUUGAGAGUUGAAAAUGUCACCGUGGAUGAAUUUUGGCUGAAUGUGGAUGCUGUGGUUCAGAGUGGAGCCACAGGGGGUGGUUUCUCAGCUCAAUGGUAAUUCUGGCUCGUGUGCGUUCAGGCCCACUGUGGGCAGCAUUCAGAACUUUUUAUUUCUUUAUUUUUAGUCUCACUGAACUGAAAGUAGUGCGUGGUGUUCAGUAGAUAAUGAUGGUUAGUAUGGCUUCAGUGAGUCUUAACAGCGAAAUAAUAGCUGCUCACUUCAAGUGGAGUUUAGGGAAGGAACAUUUUUGUUCUGGUUGUCAUUAAGUGGAAUGAAAGCAAGUUCUGUAACUUUUAAAUUGUAAAAAAACACCACAAAGAACGAUAUAAAAUGAAUUAUAGCAUUGAAGCAUUUUUUGUUGGGUUUUUGUAUGGAAGCAAGAAUGUGUUGAUGUUGUACUGCAUUUUCAUCACUGUUGUCUAAUUGUUGCCUUUUGUCUGUUUUGUGUUCCUCUUGCCAUGCUGAUCUCCGCAUGAUCCAAAGGGUUGCGC